AUGAAAAUCAGAAUUGGGAAUGGUAGACGUGCCUCGCUUUGGUAUGAUAAUUGGCAUCCUCUUGGCCCUUUAGAAAAGAUUCUUAGAGAGAGGAUCAUUCGUGAAUCCAGAUUGAGUAGACUAGCUAAAGUGGCUGAUAUUGUGGAGGGUGAUACUUGGAGAUGGCCAUCAGUUCGCUCCCCAGCUGUGUCUGAUUUGAUGCGAGAUACAAUUGAUAUUUUUCGAUCGGACAGUAAUAGAGAGGAUGUAUUGCAAUGGGAGGAUGAUACACAUGGAGUCUUCUCUGUUCGGAGUGCUUGGGAGUCUCUUCAACUUCGCUGUCCUAGGGUGACUUGGUAUCACAUUGUAUGGUUCCCUAAAUGUAUUCCUAGACAUGCAUUUAUCCUUUGGUUAGCAAUUCAAGGUAGCAUCUAUACACAGACAAAGCUUCUUAGCUUUGGUUUGGUACAGUCUAUGCGUUGUGUGCUAUGUGGAUGUUCAGUGGAGGAUUUGGAUCAUCUUUUCUUUGCUUGCCCAUUUUCUUAG